AUUUCCUGAAGAGGACACCGAUAUGCUGAUGGAACCGAAUGACUUUACACCAGUUACCGUUCUACGUUCGCAAGAACAACAAUUUCACGUUCCGCCCACCUACCACUUCCGUCCGAUAUCACCCGCCCCACAUGUCAUAUCUCGUUCCGAUGUGCUACCUCAUGCCGGUCCACAUCCCUCACCUAUCGAUUCACAUACACAAGCAGCACAAAACUACUAUCCUCCAUUCUUCCGUGAAGCGCCACCAUUAGGUCAUUCGCGUCCCUACUUCCCCAUACCCGAUAGCCCAGCCAUACCCAAAUAUGCGGCCCCACAUACCGAACCGGUGCCACUGGGACCAACUCAACGCAGUUUUGAUCCUGCCAUUUUGGGUUCUGGUGAUUUUGGUGUGCUGCGAGGUGGAACUUUCUACCCUGAAGAGGAAAUGCCCUAUCAUACUGAUGAGAAUAGUGAUUUCAAUCAAUAUUAUGGUGAUGCAAAUGGACAUGGGCGGCCGUCGAAUGAGGAGUUCGUACAAAAGUACACAUAUCCGGAGGAACAGUUUGCUGAUUUUCGUGACUUUGCCGAUAUAAAUACGCCCGCAGACUCCGCAUUCUCUCAAUUCGUUGUUGUAUAUGCAGCUAAAAAUUCAACCAAACCAAGCACACAUCCACGUCCAAAGAAUAUCUUUGAGCAGCUGGAAUUGCUCGAUCGUGAGAAGGAGCAAGAAGAGAGAGAGGAGAAGAAGCGACGAGCGAGCAAAUCAAAAUCAAAGUUGACCAAAACGAAAUUGCAAAAGAAAUAUAAGAAGAAGACAAGUCCGAAGGAUAUGGACUAUGAGCCGUUGUUGGCAUUAAGUUAAGCUAUUAGAAGUAGAGGAGGUUAAGCAAAUUAUAGUAUAUGUAUGACAUUAUUUAUAACCUAAGAAAAAUAUUGGAUUGGAUUGAAGGUAAUCAAAGUAAGAGAAAAUUUAAUGAAAUGAAAACAUUUUAAUAAACAUUUCGCGAUCACACUCGGAGUCUUAGUAAAAUGUAAAUCCAAACUUGAGCAUUUUUGCGCAUUUAUUGCAUAAAUGCCUUGCAGCAAAGCUGCAACGCUAUAAACUUAUUCAAUUAAGUGAAGGAAAAUAGACAUCAUCCGAUACGCGAUUGGGCACAACUUUUAGAAAAAAUGCAUCAGUCGAUAUUUUAUUUUUGUAAAUUUUUUUUUUUUUUACUUUUUUGUUUUUUUUUUCAUUUUAGAGAUUUUCGCGGCUUAGUUAUUUUGGAUAUUUUAAACAGAUGUUCUAUUAUCUAAUUUCAGUUCCCCACUGCUGUAAAUUAUAUGAACAAUUUUAGUAUCCUUCCUUUCAUUCUUCAUUAUUUUAUACUCGAAACCUUUUCAGUAUAGACAAGCUCAAAUUUAGUUAUAGGAUUUAUGCAUACAAUUACCAAUUAAGUUUUCCAUGAAGUACUCAUUUCAGUAACCACUUCGAUAUUCCUAAGAAAUUAACAAUUUCGUUCAACUUUUUGGUUUCACAUUUCAUAAAUAAUCUUUAUUGCAGUAAUUAAAUGAAAAGUAAAAAUUCAACAUGAAUUAUUUUUUUUUUAUCUUUAUAAAAAAGCUUGCUGUAUUUUUUAUUCAAAAAGAUAUUUUUUUUCCUGAUAGAGAAACAUCAACGAGUUUAUACGUUUUUUUUUUUUUGUAAUUAAAUUAGACAUCCCAGCGAAAAAUAUACAGUUCUUUACUUUCAAAAUAAAACCUAAUAACUAUAUAAUAACCUAUCUAACUUAAAAACCAUAUCUAAAAAGGAAGGAACAGCCUACAUCAAACCCUUGUGUCAGCAGUUUUUUACGACAAAACUGAGAUUGUGUUGGUGAUAUAAAAAAGAUUAACGGAGCCAUUGCUCAGGUUACUUCAUUGUCGUCUGAACAACGACUGAUUCAAGGCGCAUUCAUUAAAGGGGGUGGCGCUAGAACAACAACAGCGUUUUAUACACAGAAACGUCAUGACAACAGAAAAUAGAAGAUAAAAAGAAAAAGAUGAAUUAUGUUGCACAGCCGUCAUAAAGUUGGAGGUAAAAACAUACGACGACAGAGCGAAUGGAAUGGCUUUUCCUCAUUUCCCUUUAUGUUAACAUCCGGAUUUAUACGGAAAAAGCAAAACAGCAAUUCAGUUGAACUACCGAUACCACUUUUUACAUAUUCGCCUGGGAGUGAUUGGCGGGCAUUAAUCUUCUACCGAAUCCUUUAUGAUAUGGCGGCCGAAAUUACUCUCCCAUUUUUGUUCUUCCAUCUUGUAAUCUAUCAUUUUUGCAAAAUACCUACCUUUGCUCCAAUCUCACGCAUUCAUUCAUUCAUCCAUUCAUUCAAUAACUAAACUAAGAAUAAGCAAAUAAUUUAAAAUAUACACCACUUAGACACUCUGUACUAGACUUUCUCCUGGGUUGCAAACAGAUGUGUUUGUAUGUGUGUUUUAUAUAUACUUUAUUUCUACUUAUAAGUAUCAAAAAGUUAUAUUGGUCGGAAAUAUUUUUUGUUUAGUUAAAAAAAAAAAAAAUAUUUAAUUUUGUUUUAAUUUUGGUUCGAAAAAUAAAUUUUUGAAUAUUGUAGCAGUUCUCAAAUGUGAAUACAAU